GAGCAAAUAUGAGCCUAUUGUUUUUGUCCUUCGCCUCUCGGUCGAAUUUCUCUAAAUUGGCAUUGUAGCUUAAACCCUGCUUAAAACCAAAGCCCAUUAAUACCGUCCUCAAAUUGGAGAGGAGCUCCAACAAUGUCGAAGAAGAAGCUACUGACUCCUCUCUCCUCUCUUCUCCUCCUCCGACGAACCCUAACUUCCACCCCUCAUUUCUCAAUCCCACACUUCCAAUCCCGCACCAAUUUCUCCCCCAAUAUCGAAAAGCUCCGCCCCCUUUUCCCGCUCCCCGGAUUUGAUUUUCCCGGCAAAUCUUUCAUCUCCUCCCAAUUUGGGAACAAACCCAAUUCCCACUGCUGGAACUGCAGCGCUGCCGCUCAAACGACGCCUUUUCUGCUCUGCCCCUCCUGUCGGUGCAUCCAACCCGUCGAUCACUCCGUCGAUUACUUUCAGAUAUUUGGACUGGAGAGGAAGUAUGAUAGUGUGGAGGAACAUCUGGAGGGAAAAUAUAAGGAUUGGCAGAAAAAGUUGCACCCUGAUCUUGUUCAUUCAAAAUCAGAGAAGGAGAGAGAGUACGCUGCUGAACAGUCUGCUCGGGUGAUUGAUGCAUACCGCACGCUUAGCAAGCCCUUGGCGAGGGCAAUCUAUAUUCUGAAGCUUGAAGGUGUAGACAUCGAUGAAGAAGAGACACUUUCAGACUUAGAUUUGUUAAGUGAGAUUUUGGAAGUAAGGGAAGCUGUUGAAGAGGCUCCCAACUCUCAGGCUUUAAAUCAGAUUCAGUCUCUGAUGCAAGAGAAACUGAAGCAGUGGUCUAAUUCUUUUGCCGAGGCAUUUGAAAGCCGGAACUUUGAAGAAGCCGUAAAAGCUAUCCGGCGAAUGACUUACUAUGAGCGUGUAAAUGAAGAAAUUGUAAAGAGGCAAUGAAGAAUUUAAAUUCAUGAUCGGAAAGUACAAGCUCUAAUGAAGAAAGUGCAGGUUUUGAUUGAAGACCUGGUUGAGAUUGUUCUGCAUCCUUUUGAUUCAUAAUAGAUAUUAGAGGAGCCGAUAUUCUAAAUAUUUUCAUGAUGGUUCAGACUUCAGAGAUGGAUUGUUUAUGCUACAGUUGUAUCCAGCAGGCGCUUGUAAGCCUAGGAGUUCAUCACUGAAUAAAAGAUACAUGAUGGUGUCAUUUGUUUACAAAAUAAUAAAGAAUUUAUUCUGUGUUUUUCGUCAAACUCAAACUGUUAGGAGUCUUGUAUUACUAGUUGAUCCAGACACCAAAGAUUAUUGUAGAUGAGAAAAUAUUUUAUCAGAUCAAUUUUAUCUUCAAAUUUAAGGACUCGAGUUCA